UUUAAGGAGACACAUUUCGAGCUUGGAAAUGACAAUACAUGUAAAUACAAGCUCAACUUUCCACCCUGGUCUCUUCUUCAUUAUAUUCUCAGCUCGCUCACUUAGCUGUCACUCUUAAGCAAAGCAAGAAAAUGGAGAAAGCAAUGCUUCUCUUGAUCAGCAGCCUGGUGGGAUUAUGGUAUUUCACAGUCACUGGUUCUGCCUUCUCACCUUCUGGGUGGACAAAAGGACAUGCCACCUUCUAUGGAGGUAGCGAUGCCUCAGGAACCAUGGGAGGAGCUUGUGGGUAUGGGAAUCUGUACUCAACUGGGUACGGGACAAGAACCGCAGCUUUAAGCACAGCCUUGUUCAACGAUGGAGCUUCCUGUGGGCAAUGCUACAAAAUCAUGUGCGAUUAUAAGACAGACCCCAGAUGGUGCGUGAAAGGAAUAUCAGUAACUAUAGCUGCUACAAAUUUCUGUCCUCCUAAUUAUGCUCUUCCAAACAACAAUGGAGGUUGGUGCAACCCACCUUUGCAGCACUUCGACAUGGCUCAACCAGCUUGGGAAAAGAUCGGCAUUUACAGAGGAGGGAUUAUCCCUGUCCUGUUCCAAAGGGUUCCGUGUAAAAAGCACGGAGGGGUUAGGUUCACUGUGAAUGGAAGAGACUACUUUGAGCUGGUAAUGAUCAGCAACGUGGCAGGUGCUGGAUCCAUCUCUUCUGUGUCCAUCAAAGGCUCCAAGACUGGGUGGAUGUCUAUGUCCAGAAACUGGGGAGCUAACUGGCAAUCCAAUGCGUAUUUGAAUGGUCAAUCUUUGUCAUUCAGUACAACCAGUGAUGGAGAAACCAGACUGUUCCCAGAUGUGGUUCCAUCUUCUUGGAAUUUUGGCCAGACAUUCUCUAGCCAUGUCCAGUUCUAAAGCUUACACCAACUUUACAUAUAUAUACAUAGACACUUAUUUCUGGGUUCUGGGUUCUUCAUUUUCAUGACCAGAACGGCAGAGGCGUGCUUAUAUAUUAUUGUAUCGGAGCAGCCCGCCACCCUUUCUUUGUUUCUUUGUUUUUUUGUGGUGAUCUGGGUCGGUCGGUCGGAUCAAACCCCUCAACCCAUGGAGCUUCCGUGUAUGAUUUAUGGGUUGUGUGCACUGAUAAUAAAAGGGCAGCUUGUAGAAACAAGCUUCUUUCUCAAGUAUACCAUAUAUUUUGUUGUAACAUGAAUACUCUUGUUAUAAGUUUAGAUCUUUUGGAUUGUAUUA